GUGCUUGCGGAUAGUGGGGCUUGCUGAGCAACACGACAUGCGCAACGUGAAGGUGGAGAGGCGUGGAUGGUUACCAAGAGCAUGGAUGUGGAUAUCUGAAUGUUGGGAUUUGGAUACAAAUAUGCCCUGUUCCCCGUUUAGUUCAUGAUUCAGUCACUGUUCCUUACUUUUGCGAUUCCCAAUCACCACUGUCAAGCGAAAUCAUCCGCCCAUAUCCGCAUACCACAUCUAUACACAGUUCAUCAACUCACUCAGUAUAAGUGCUUGGGUCUACAUCGCCUCCUCAACCCUCGACAACAUACCUGUAGACAGCUGUAUACCAUGGACCAGAUCCUUCCACAUUCAGAUGCCAUGUCUUCUGAACAACAAGUCUACAUUCCCAAUCUCCGAGGCGGCCAAGCUCUCGUCUUCAACCUCUCAGACCUUCUUGACGACGAUGAACCCACUCCAAUGCCUCCGCCUUCCCGCCGAGACACUUCCUCCUCACUAGAAUCAUCAACCACAGAUAAGAGUUUUGAAGAAGACGACGGGAUACGAAUCAUUGUCAAUUCCCUAGUUGAACCUGCCGCCGCAUGAUCGAAAAGUACGGCAUAAGAAGCAGGAAACCUCAUUGGCUAGGGAAGAUCCCCAUG